AUUAUAUGUAUUAAUUUCAUUGAAAAAAAUACUUGUCAAACAAAACGUCAACGCGGCACGCCAUCGAACGGAACACGAUUGUGGAGUAACAAACACCAUUCAAGAAGAAAGCAUCAGUCAAUCAUUAUGGCAUCGAAUGAAGGUCGUGUUCAAUCAAACUUGCAUCAGCAAGAUCUAACCAAAUUGGAUGUCACAAAAUUGUCAGCUCUUUCCCCAGAGGUCAUAUCGAGACAAGCCACUAUUAACAUUGGUACCAUUGGUCAUGUAGCCCAUGGCAAGUCUACUGUAGUAAAGGCAAUCUCUGGAGUCCAAACUGUGCGUUUCAAGAAUGAACUUGAAAGAAACAUCACCAUAAAAUUAGAGAGGCUGUCGGACUCGGUAGUGCGAAUGUACCGCGAUCGGGCUGAUGAAAGAUUUGAAAAAAUGUUUUUUGAGAAAAUUAGAAAAUCAAAGAAGCGAAAUUUAACAUUGGAUUCUGAAGAUGAAAGUGAGAUGCCUGCUGCAAAGAAAUUGAAAAAAAGUAAAAAGCAAACAAAAUCUGAGGAGUUUAUUAUUGAAAGAAUUGUCAAAUUUCAAUAUAAAUUGGGAGAGGAAUUAUUUUUUGUAAAAUGGAAAGGUUAUCCUGAAAGUGAAAACACCUGGGAACCUACUGAGCACCUUCAUAACUGCCCUGCAGUGUUAGAAGCAUUUUUAGUGGACCAAGAGUUUAAGUACUGUGAAAAAAUUGAAAAACUAAAAGAAGAAAUUUCCUUCGGAUGUCUCCUAAGUGAAGAAUCUUUAAUCGAAAGAUUGAAUGAAGUUGAGGAAUCUGAUAUAUCUAAAUUAAAAUCUUUGCUUUUGAUAAAAUUGUUGUCUAUGCUUUUUCUUGCUGAAGAAGAUGAGUUGUAUGCUGUGGAUCUAGUGCAGGAUGCUAGGAAUAUAUUGCAGAUGUAUAUUUUAACAAGGAAAAGGUGUCGUCAGUUGAUGGUCUUAAAACAGUGGCAAGAUCAUUUGAAUCAAGUUGACAAAAGCCAAAAACUGACUGUCAUUAAUGAUGCUGACUUAGCAGGACCUCCAGAAAACUUUACCUAUAUAAAUUCUUCCAUACCUGGUGUAGGUAUUACAAUACCAGAUGAACCCCCUAUUGGCUGUGAAUGCACAGCUUGCAAUUGUCGAUCAAAAACUUGUUGUGGUAACCAAGGUGGUUUAUUUGCAUACAAUGCAAAGAAAAGAUUACGGGUUGCUUCUGGCACACCAAUAUAUGAAUGUAAUAAAGCAUGUAAAUGCUCAAAUGAUUGCAAUAACAGAGUUGUACAAGGAGGAAGAAAUAUCAAAUUGAGCAUCUUUCGCACAUCAAAUGGUUGUGGUUGGGGGGUGAGAACUGACCAACCUAUAAAACAGGGGCAAUUUUUAUGCCAAUAUGUUGGAGAAGUAAUUACUUUUGAGGAAGCUGAAAAACGGGGCAGAGAAUAUGAUGCCCAAGGUUUAACUUACCUCUUCGAUCUUGAUUUUAAUUCUGUUGAGAACCCGUAUGUAGUUGAUGCUGCCCACAUGGGUAAUGUAUCCCAUUUUAUAAACCACUCCUGUGACCCUAAUCUUGGUGUAUGGGCAGUUUGGGCAGACUGCUUAGAUCCUAAUCUUCCAAUGCUGGCUUUGUUUGCAACGCGUGACAUUGAACCAGGUGAAGAAAUAUGUUUUGAUUAUUUACAAAAAUCUUCUGAAAGCGAUGACAUUGAAACAUCAUCAUCUAUUCCAAUGUCAAGCCAAGAGAGCAGUGCUGAUGAUGAGAGUUCAAGAGUUCCCAAUGGCUCAGAAGGAGGCAUGGCGGCUUCUCCAACUUCACCUGUAAAAUCACGAUUUGAAAUACAACAGCAAAAUAUAGCUAUGCUGAGAAAUAGAACAGAAUGCAAGUGUGGAGCAGCAAAGUGCAGGAAAUAUUUGUUCUAAAUGUACUCACAGUGAAUCAGAAUAUAAUGCUUUUCUACAUCUUCUACUUCAGCAUAUAUUCGCCUAACUCUAUCGAAGGUUUUUUUGACCGGUUAUCCCGGCAUGGUUUCCUACAUAACAUAUGUUAGAACUUGACUACAAUUCUACAAUAAAAAGUUAGGUUUUAAGAAUUUAUUUCUUAAAAGAAUACAUGUAUUCACUUAUAGAGAAACAAACUAAUUUUCGAGAAAGAUACUAAGAAGUUUUUUUAAUUUUGAACUUCUAAGAUUUUUUUUUAUUUUUUUUAUUGAAGGACAAUAAGUGGAACAAGUGAAAAAUUGUAUAUCUAUCUUAUCUUUCUCAAAUAUCUCUCUACCUAAAAUAAUUCUACUAUCAUUGUAACAGCAAACAGAAAGUGUGGUAGUUAGGUAUAUUGAAAUGACAGUGAAUGUGGAUGACAUAAUGAAUGACAGCCUGCCUGCAUGCCUUUCUUUUAUGAGCAGUCGGAAGUUAUUCAAAAAGACUACUCCAGCAGUGAAUGUUGGUCUGAACCCUAAUGAAUGAGAGUGAAAUUUGGGUUUGACACAAGAAGCAUAAAAAAAAUAAAUGCAGGGGAAAUAAAACUGUUAAGGGGUGUGACAGGUGUAGGAGUCAGGAUAAAGAUGUUAUAAGGGAAUGCUGUGAUGUGGAAGAAGAUGUCAAGGAAAAGAAAAGGUUAUGCUUAAAUGGCUUGGUCAUGGGGAAACAAGCUAAAUUAAAGUAGGUUACAUUUCUUUCUCAGUGGGAUUCCCACUUGCCACGAUCCCUGCUUCACCCUUGCCUCUCCAAUGAAGAUAAUCUGUGCUCACUGUAAUUUUUCCAUCUUUUCAAAGGCCAAUGUUUUUGUUUUACCUACAUUCAAUUUCAUUCCUUUCGUCUUCAACUACAGAUUACUAUCUCCUGUAAGUCCUUAAAGGUAAAAUCUGAUUUUCAGCAUACAAAAGACAUUUGGGGAGUAACUUAUUCAUCAUUAAUGUUAAUGAAUAAGUUACUCCCCAUUAUUAUUAAAUCCCCCUUCACACUCUAAAGCAGGUUAAGGAAAGCACAUGCAAAAGUAGUGUAAAUGGAAUUUAGGAUAUUAAAGGCUUAACUGGAUGAAUGUAUCUUGAUCAAAUCGGAAUGUUCAAGUAAAAAGUCAGGUCAAGAGUACCCAUACGCGACGUGAUUGCAUUACAGCGGCAAGCGGAAAGAUGCACUCUCUGCCUAACGGUCUGAGAAAACGGUGUGAUCAGAAUUAUUUAUUUUAGUUAUGUACAUCAAGGAAAAAUGUACAACUAGAACCUAAGUUCUAAGAUUUUCUUUGAUCUAAACUAAAGAAAAUCUUUACUAGAGCACUACUUAUUUCUAAAGAAAUUUUCUUCUAGUAGGCCCUUUAAUAAUUAAUAAUAUGUAAUUAUGUAGGUAUCUUAUUGUAGGAAAUAAUAUGUUGUUUAUAGGUGUUAAGAUUUUAUCUAUACUUAUAUUAUAAAGCUGAAGAGUUUGUUUGUUUGAAGCGCUUAUCUCAGGAACUACUGGUUGAAAUUUAAAAAUUAUUUUUGUGUUGAAUAGACCAUUUAUCGAGAAAGGCUUAAGGCUAUAUAACAUCACGCUGCAACUAUUAGGAGCGAAGAAAUAAUGGAAAAUGUUAAAAAAAACGGGGCAAAUUAUUGAGGGCUCAAUGGUGCCCAAAAUAAAUAUUCCACGCGGACGAAGUCACGGGCACAGCUAGUUACAUAAUAUUUUCAUUAGUGAAGAAAUACUUCAAAUUUUAAUGUAAAAGGUUUUUUGAUGUUAUAUAUUUUCACAACAUAACUAUAUAUUUUUAUGGAAGCUUUUUUUAUUAUUUUUCCCCUAUUUGUUAAAGAUCUGAACCAAUAAAUUGUGAGUUACUAAUAGUACGGAGACUCAAAAUUAUUUAAGCAUUAUCAUUUUCUGUUUUGAGCUUGGAUAUAAUUAUAUGAGGUGCAUUUUAGCUUCAAAAUAAAAUUAAGUUUCAAAAGUCUGUUUUAUACCAGCAUUAUAUUUUUUAUUCAAAAAAGCAGCUAACAAUUCUAAUUAUUUGAAUGUACUGGUUAUACUUACUAUUUAAUUUUUAUUACAACAAAAAAUAUUGAACAAGAAUUACUUAAUGAUGUCCCUAACGUUAUUGAAGUAAUAUAGCAAUACAAUUCUACAUUUUUAAUAUAAAAGGGUGCUCUUACUUGUGCCUUAAUUGUUAUACUUAAUACAUAGGUAUUAUUUAACACUAUUGGUCGUAAAAAUGUAAUUAAAUGUAAUUUGCCAACAAAAAAAUUUUAUAGUAUCAGUUUCUUUGAAGUCUCAAAAUGGCUUCGCUUGGUACGAAAAUUAAUAUUUUUAAUUGAUAUUGGAAUGCAUAUGGAAUCACACUAGAUAAGUGAGGUAGGACUUAUUUUGGAAUGGUUAAGGUAAAUAAAACAUAAGGCAUGCAAAAUGUUUUUAUUAUUCCAUCUUUUCUUUAUCUCUUUAACUAAUGCCAAGUACAAAUAUUAAGGACUUUUCUUAGAAUGCCUGAAAUAUGUUAUCUUUCAAAAUUAAAAAUACCUUAUUACUUUAAAAAACACUCCCUGGCUGCGUGGAAAUCAAUGAAUAGGUCAUCGGGCGUGGGCAGACUUAUAGACAGGCAUGAGAGAAAAGGGUAUUACACUAUCAAUGACCUCUGUGUCUAUGUUAGCGUGCAGGGAAUGGAUCGCUUACCGUCCCGUGCCCCCGAUGUCCUUUUAAGACUUUUUGGACCAUCUUGAUAUAAGUCUCCUUCAACGUUUUCUAUUCCUUCCACAUUGAGUUAUCUGAAUCAAACAAAAACUCGUU